AUGGUUACAGAUGAUACACGAUCGGAUGAAAUUUUGGAGUUUGAAUCUCUGUUAAUUCAGAAAGGUCAAACGUUGUCGGGUUAUUGCGAUUGCAUCGAAAUUGUGACUAAUAAAGAAUUAAGUAAUUCUCGUUCCGAGCAAAAAGUAAUGGUCACUGAUGAGAAAUCUACAAUGUCAGAGGUUGAUACCAAAACUUUGAAAGAGCUUGAUUUCAUUAUGAAAAAGUUAAACCUGAACUCUAUAAGUGAAGUUGAGGAAAGAAUUCAAGAAAGUUAUCGUUCAGAUGAUGCUCUUGAAAAGAUUGUUCAAAUUUAUGAAGAGUCACAGAAAGAGUUACAAGAGUUACAUGCCAAAUUCAAUGCAACACAACAUGAGCUAAGAAAUCUUGAAGAGAAGUUGAAAAUAGAAUAGUAUGAUCAUAAGAAUGCAAUUGCAAAAUAUGAGAAUGCAUUAAAAUGUUCUAAUAUAAGUGAUGUACAGUACUUCGAGAAUGUUACAGACAAUUGUGAAGUGGAAACAAGCAUGAGAUUUUCACAUUCUCCAAAGGAAUCUUGUAUUGAAAGUUAUGGAAUUGACACUGAUCACAUAGAAAAUGCUUUUGAAAAGGAGAAAGUGGACCAGAAAGCCAAGGAUACAUACUUGGGUCCCCCACUGAACUCCAACAUUUUGGAAAAUUUUCAAAAUUGUGAUUCUAUGUCUAUUGUUACAACUGAAUGUUCCAAAACUGAUUAUGAGAUUGAAAAUAUGACUCAUAUUAUUGAUUCUCCAGAUAUUGACUAUAAGAAUGAAGACACUGAUGCCAUUCACAAGGAAAGCACACAAAUUAUGUCAUUUACGGAAAAAUCCUGUGACAAUGAAAAUGAUAAGAUUGAGCACAUUAUGCACAACUCAUUGAACAAUCAGAUACAAAAGGCCGGACUACAAAAGCCGGGAGAUGUCGCCUGUGGCGGAUUUUUUGACAAGAAAAUGAAGCGUAGAGUCAAUGAUGAAAUGCGUCCACGUACAGAUCCACCAACUGACUUGUCACAACAAGCAUGCUAUGGUACGGUAUCUGAUAUGUUGGAUUGGAAUAAUUGGAGUCAUGAGAAUUGGAAGGAUAUGAGUUGGCAAAGAUUCGUUCGAGAAUCACGUCCUCGCAAGGAUCCACCUUGGAGUUCGUGUCGUUCGGAAGUUGGCAUGUGUUAUGGAUGGAGAUGGGAUGUUAGUCAAGUUCCAUCAUGUCUUCAAGACUACGGAAGUCGUCACGUCUUGUUCACCCCUCGCCAAGCUGCAGAGGUUCAGUGA